UGAUCAAUUUAUAGUAUGCAUCUCAUCAUUGAAUCAUAGAACAGAUUGCAGGAAAAAAUGGAGUCACAUAUGAUUCAGAAUGUAGAAGCUAAAAAUUCAGUUCCAAAAAGGCUAGUAGGCAAAGUGGCAGUUAUAACAGGUGGUGCAAGAGGAAUUGGUGCUGCAACAGCAAAAUUGUUUGCAGAAAAUGGAGCGCAUGUCAUAAUUGCUGAUGUUUUAGAUGAAGAAGGCACCAAAGUUGCUGAAUUAAUUGAUGGUCUUUACAUACAUUGUGAUGUCUCCAAAGAAUCUGACAUUGAAUCAGCAAUUAACCUUUCAAUGUCAUGGAAAGGUCACUUAGACAUAAUGUUUAACAAUGCAGGAAUCUCAGGCAGUGAAGGAAUGAGCAUAACAACACUUGACAUGGAAAAACUAACUCAAAUACUUUCAGUCAAUCUCUUUGGAACAAUCCAUGGAAUCAAACAUGCUGCAAAAGCAAUGAUCAAAGGUAAAAGAGGAGGAUCAAUUAUAUGUACAUCAAGUGCAGCUGCAACAAUUGGUGGAUAUGCUGCACAUGGUUAUACAAUGUCAAAAUCAGCCAUGAAUGGAUUAAUGAGAAGUGCGGCGUGUGAAUUAGGUGUUCAUUUGAUUCGCGUUAAUUGCAUUUCUCCACACGGUGUUCCAUCGGAGAUGCUUUUAAAUGCUUUUAGAACUUUUGAUCUUGAUAUGACUAGUGAAGAAUUGAAUGAGUAUAUUGGUAAGAAUGCAAGUUUGCUUAAAGGGAGAGGUUCAACACUUGAAGAUGUUGCACAAGCUGCUUUGUUUUUAGCUAGUGAUGAAUCUGGAUUUAUAACUGCUCAUAAUCUUCCUGUUGAUGGAGGGAUUACUAAUGCUAAUUGUACUAUGAGUUUCAUUUACCAAGAUUAUAAGUGAAGAGGAAAUAAAAAAUAAUAAGGUGAAAUAGGUUCUUUUCACAUUGAAGUUGUUACUCUAAAUUUAUCUCUUAUAAGAUAUAUAGUUCUUUGGUUUCUAUGUAAUAUUCAAUUGUUGAGAAUAAUAUGUAGAUGCAUUAUUUGUGGUGUCUUCGAAUAAUUUGAUAUUAUGAAGAAUUCUUUUGUUAUUUUAUUUUCAUAA